AUGGCAAAUCAACAAAGAAGACAACCUAAUCAUAGUAGUAGUCAACCAUUAUCAAAUAAUGUAUCGUCAAGAAAUCAUAGGUAUAGACAUAAUUACAGGUAUUAUCCUUAUCAUGAAACAGAGAUAAGCUGUUGUAUGAAAUAUUCAGUUUUUGGUUUUAAUGUAUCAUUUUGGAUACUUGGUUUUGCACUUCUUGCUAUUGGAAUAUGGGCACAAAUAGAAAAAACAAAUCCUUAUACACAAUUAAAUAGAUUAUCAAAAUUUUAUUUAGACCCUGCAUGGAUAUUAAUAAUUGUUGGUUCAAUAAUAUUUUUGAUAGGUUUUAGUGGUUGUGUUGGUGCAUUAAGAGAAAAUACAUGUCUUUUGGCAUUAUAUUCAACAAUAUUAGGAUUAAUAUUAAUUGCUGAAUUAAGUUUAGCUAUGUUUGUAUAUGUAUCAAAAGAUUAUAUUGAAGGUGAAUAUCGAUUAAAGUUAGAUGAUAUGAUAAAAAUGUAUAGAGAUGAUCCUGAUUUACAAACUGUUAUAGAUUGGAUGCAACAAGAUUUUCAAUGUUGUGGUAUUAAUGGUGCAGAUGAUUGGGAUUUAAAUAUAUAUUUUAAUGCUUCUGCAACAUCAUUAAAAUCACAGGAAGCUGGUGGUGUACCAUUUUCAUGUUGUGUACAAGGACAUGAUCAAGGUUUAACAAAUUAUGCUUGUGGACAUGGAGCAAGAUUAAAUAAACAAAAUCUUGUUAAAGCAAUAUAUAUUGAGGGUUGUCUCCCAAAAUUACAAUUAUGGCUGGCUAAUAAUUUUAUUUAUUCUGGAUCUUUUUUAAUUGUAAUUUCAGUAACUCAAAUAAUGGGAAUACUUUUUGCACAAUGCCUUCGUGCUGAUAUCUUUGCCCAAAGAGAUAAAUUAAUACGAUCUUAUUAA